AUGCCGUACUUGGCCGCUCGCGCCAUCAUGGAAUCUGGCGAGCCCAUUGGAAACACAUCCAUUAGAACCACGAAGCCAGAUGGUCAGAGGAAUGAGAGCGCCGUGGAGGAGUAAGCGAUCUACCACAAGAUCUAAAAGUUUCUUUUUGAGUUGAAUUCACGAGAAAUCAAGGCUUUUAAAGGUCAAAAAUUAAAAGUAAUUAGUAAUUAGUUCAUUUUUGCGUAAAACGGUUUAAAAAAUCGUAAGUUUAUCUAUAAAAUAAUGGCAGAAAACCUCAAAAGAGUUAAAAUUUAAAAAAAUUAAAAUGAAUCUAAUUUCCAGCCAGAUAUAACUACAUUUUCAGUUUGAAAACCAUAGUCAACGAUGUCGGAGGAUUCAUGCAAAGUACCGCGAGCAAGGUCUGGUCACUGGUCACAUUUACUGGUCGCGAUUCCUUCCACAUUCGCACUGCCAGCAUUGAUACCGCUCUAAUGGAUCUUCAGCACAACACGGACAAUAACGCUCCAGUUGAGAGCGCAUUGAAUCGACCUGACUCCUACGAUCAAUGGCUUAUCAUCAAUGCUCCAUUGGCCAUCUGGUGCAUCUUCAUCAUUGCCAUCACGCUCUGCUUUUGUUGUCUUUGCAAAUGUUGUUUCUGA